UUUAGUAGCCUUUUUUUUUCCUGCACAGCGGAGUUCAGACAAGGCUAUCCGCCAGUUUAUCAGGAAACUUCUUCAGGAUUCUACUUUAAUAAUUUCCUUCAACAUUUGAUUACAGAACUAAACAAACUAUUUUUUCCAUGUUGGAGUCUGGUGUUUGUGUCGCUGCCAUGCCAACCAGCCGCUGCGCUCGUGCCGCUGUUUUCAUCUUUUUAUUCUUCACAGCUGGAGCAACCACAGUCGAAGACAGCUACAGUGACUUCAUAGAAGAAGAUUACACUCCUCAGUUGGACUAUAAGGACCCAAACUGGUGUCAUUCUCCGCACCUGGCCAAUGGUGAGGUGACCUGCCGCUCCCCUCGUGGCGGCGCCUACAAGAGUACACUGGGGACACGCUGCGAGAUGAGCUGCGACCGAGGCUACAGACUGCUGGGCAGAAGGUCGAUUCAUUGCCUCCCGAACCGCAUCUGGUCUGGGAGGGCUUACUGUCGCAGGAUCCGUUGCCAUGUGCUGCCCCUCAUUUCCCAGGGCAGAUACACCUGCUCUCAGGGAUUCUUCGUGGACUCCAGGUGUGACUUCACCUGUAAACCCGGUUAUCGCAUCCAGGGGGAACAUUCACGCACCUGCCAGCACAGGGGGUCAUGGAGCGGGGUGCAGCCGGAGUGUUCAGAUACUGAUCCUCCAAAGAUCAAGUGUCCCCCAUCCAGACUGAAGGUGGCUGAUCCAGGAAAGCUCACAGCCAAAGUGAGCUGGGACCCCCCAGUCGCCACAGACACUGCAGACAAAUUCCUUAACGUGGUGUUGGUGGACCAGCAGCCUGACACGGAAUUUAAAGAGGGACUCCAUAUCAUCAGAUACAAGGUGUACGAUCAAGCCAGGAACAGAGCUGCCUGCAAGUUUAUUGUACGUGUUGAGGUGAGGAGGUGUCCAGUGCUACCUCCGCCUCUGCACGGUUACCUCAGUUGCUCCUCUGAUGGGAAUAACUACGGUGCAGCUUGUGAAUAUCUCUGCGAUGGAGGAUAUGAGCGCAGGGGGAUGUCUAGCCGUGUCUGCCAGUUCAACCGCAGCUGGAGCGGAGACCCUGCUGAGUGUGUCCCGAUGGAGUUUAAGUUCAGCGUGAAGACAGCAUCAGCUCUCCUGGAUCAGUUCUAUGAAAGGAGGAGGGUGUUGAUCAUAUCUGCGCCCAACAUAUCCGACCUGGACUACCAGUUGCAGAACGUCAUGAUACAAAAAGCUGAUUGUGGAUUGGACCUUCGACAUGUCACAGUGAUCGAACUCCUAGACUCCCCGCCUCGUGAGACGGGGCGCAUCAAAGAAAACCUGCUGCAACCUGAAGUCAUCGAGGGUUUGAGGCAAGCCUUCAGGAUUUCCCGAUCCUACUUCAGCAUGGUGCUGCUGGAUAAGCUCGGUGUUGACAGAGAGCGCUUCAUCGUCCCUGUAUCGUCAGAUGAGCUCUUCUCCUAUAUAGACAGUUUUCUGCUGGAGGAAGAGGAACGGGAGAAGCUGGAGCUUCACAAGGAUUUCUGUGACUAAUUUAUUAGGGCACUUUGGCUGCCAUAGAAACGUUGUCUAUCAGUGAGACAAGAUAUAGAAAGGACAAACAACCUGAUUCAGAGUGAGAAAAAAAAAGGAGGGGAGCUCCUCAUGUUUAAACAGUUUUAUUACACAAGACUUAAGUGCUGGCACUAUUUUCUCUAUAUAAAAAUCAGCUGAAGGUAAUGAAAGACAGGACCUUCUCUUUACUUAACAUGAGCAGACAUUUCCACUCUCACUUUUUAGCAAGAAAUCUGAAAUGUUAAACCUAAUGGAGGAAUCCUUGCUUCAACGCAACUGACUCAAACAUGAACUCAUUAGCAGACGUCUGCAUAGCCAGGUUAGCCGUGAGAUUCAUGUGUAAAGGACAUAGGAUCUAAAAGUUGAAGAAUGGCAGCCCUCCAUUUAAUUUUAAGAACAUUACACUGAAGGGGAGAAAUCAACAGUUGGAGAGAUAA